GAGGUCAGCAGGCGCUCGGGGACAGACAUGCUAUCUAUCGGAAGGUCACCAAACCGUCAUGGGAUACCAAGAUUUGCAAUUCUGUUUGCUGAGUAGCCCAUUAACGCGAACGUAGAUAACGCCGCAGCUGACACCGUUCGCCGUUGAGUCCACGCCAACGACAAUGGAGGCGACCGGCCACGUGACGCCGAUAACAGAGGUGGACGCUGCACCACGCGGCGACGAUCACAUUUCGCUCAAGAGACUCGGGAGACACUGUUGAUGUCUAGUGGAGAAGAUGUGGCUCUAGGUCCUCACUACCACACAGCUUGCUUGAUAGUUUUACAACUUGUUCACGAGGCUUGCACGGCGACGUCAGUCACGUGGGGUGGCAGGUAACGCGGCAGGUAACGCGGCAGGUAGGCGGAACCUGAACGGGACCAACAGGAACUUAAAGUGAUUGUAAUGAGAGGGUGGGGAAGCCGAGACAUCCACGUUUUGUGUGGGACAACUGGGUGAGCUACAGUCAGCAGGUCUCACCACCAUCGUCGUCUGGCUUCCUUCGUCGUCUCUUCGUGACUGGACAGAGCUCCGACAGGAUGUUGAAGUCAACACAGAGAAUGGUUCAUAUGGAUGAGGCACGUGGAGGACGAGGAGUGCAGGGCAAGCUGAUGGCCUUUGUGAGAGCCAGCAAACCCUUGCGCCUGCUGCUGCUGCUGCUGCUGUGUACUGCAGGGCUCGUGGUGUACGUCUGUCUGUACAGGUCGGCGGACAUGCGCGUGCAGCAUGCUGAAGAUGGAUCCGCGGAUAACAACAGGUGGACGUUCAUUGGCAGUUCUUUGUUUUACCCGCCUUCGACGACUCGGGAAGACUUGACUUUGGAUUUAAAAGAAAAGACGUUUCUCUGGAAACCACACAAAGUAAAAGAAGUAGACUGCGCCAAACUACUCACUGGAAAUGCAGAAGAAUUCACUCAUUCUGAAGGAACAUUACCUGCCCCUCCGACAGUAGAAGACAUCGGCAAGCUUGCUAAGAAUUGCAGCACCUUUCAGCAGGAGUACGGGUUCAUCAUGAGCUCUCUAACGGAGGAGGAGGAAAACUUCCCCCUUGCCUACAGCAUCCUUGUCUUUAAGGAUGCCUACCAGGUGGUGACACUCUUACAAGCCAUAUAUCGGCCUCAGAACGUCUACUGUAUCCAUGUCGACCAAAAGGCGGAUCCGUCCUACCGUGACACAAUGGCAGCCAUAGCUGACUGCUUCGAUAAUGUCUUUCUCACCUCACGAAGUGUUGAUGUUCGGUGGGGGAGGUUCACUGUGCUGGAACCAGAACUGAUCUGCAUGAAAGACCUGUGGCCCUUCAAGAAAUGGAAAUAUUUCAUCAACCUGACGGGGCAGGAGUUUCCACUGAGAACCAACUUUGAGCUUGUUCGUAUUUUAACGGCAUACAACGGGGCCAACGAUUUGGAAGGAACUGUGAAAAGGGCUAACAAAGGACGCUGGGCAUCAGCAGGCUCUCCUCCUCACGGCAUCGCCCCAGUGAAGGGGUCAGUGCACAUCGUUGUCAACAGGGACUUCGUGGACUACGUUCUCCACAGUCCAGUCGCUCAAGACUUUCUCAACUGGACUCGACGUGUAGAUGUACCCGAUGAAACGUUCUUUUCCUCUCUCAACCACAACCCUCAUCUUGGCAUCAGAGGUUCUUAUAAAGGCCCACCUGAAACGGAUCCCAAAGUCAAACCAUUUCUAACUCGCUUCAAAAACUGGGGAGGUUAUCCGUUUGAUUAUCCUUGCAAGGGAGGCAAGCGAGUGCGCUUGGUGUGCAUCUUAUCAACAGGUGAUCUCCCUUUACUAGACAAGCGCCCAGAGAUGUUUGCCAACAAGUUCUACCAGGACUACAGUCGCGUGGCACUGGAGUGUUUACACGAACGACUGUACAACCACACGAGGGACGAGUUCUUAGGGAUGAUGGAGUUUAAUACAAGUUAUUAUGAAAAUCUGUCUUACGUGAAAAAUACGGUGACUGCGGAGGAGGCUAAUGAGAAAAUGAAUCUGACAAGAAAUUUGACUGAAAUUAGUUCUUAAGUUUAGAGAUAACACCUUUUCUCUAUUUCUAGGGAAAAUAUCGCAAUGUAGUAUGGAGAAACUGCGAUGUAAAUAACUAAUAAAAUUUAUGUGUAUUAUUUCUUUUAUUCCAAGAGCGCCCGUUUACAUUCCGUAGCUCUAUACACUACAAAAGAGUUAUACACCGUCCAAAAUUGAAAAGAAACACUAGCCUUGAGUUGUGAAACUUUAAUCAUAAGUUUUUGGCCACAGUGCCCUUUCAGGAAGAGGUGAAUCUGAGAGUUGCAGAGCGAUGGGUGCCAACUUGUUUGACCUCCAUUGCAUGACUAUUUGAUUAUCACCAUUCGGUCAUUGACAGAAAUAAGCAACGGUGAUACAGGAGAAACGACUGAAUAAUUAAUUAAUAUUUGGAGAUAUCCAAUACACUUUCAUUACUUUGAGAAAUGAUAUAUCAGCAACAUUGAAGGUGGCCUUAUAUGUCUACGUUUCUUUACGCACACGUGUGUACGUGUGCAUGUAUGUGCGAGGUCAUAUAUCUUUUAAAAAGAUGUUUGCCAAGUAUGUACCUAUGUGAAUGCACACCUGCUUUCUCUCUGCAUAAAACUAUGAUUGAGGUAGAUCUGAUUUUGUGCGUGUACACUGUAUUCUGUAAAUUUGUGUACACGU